CGACGGUGGAGUUACCAAAAUGGAAAAGAGACGGUUAAACUUACAGUGAAGGCCGUCCUUUUCUUACCACAAAAUACACCUAAUCUAUGCGUACACCUAUACGGACAAGUCUGGGUCAAAUCAGAGGCUGUUACGUGUAGCUUUCUCUCUUUCCAUUUCCUUUAUAAAUUAUCCCUCCGAAUUCAAGACUCAAGAGUUCACAACGACUUGUUCUAAUAUUUCAAAAUUCUCGACUCCUUUCUUGUUCACAAUUUAAUUGCUGUUCCGAGCUCAAUUCUGUUAUUAUAUCAGUGCGGAUUCUGUGUGGGUUGGAUUGAUUGCUCUGGGACUUGUUUGGGAUCAAAAUAAGAAAAGAUUUUAUUGGGUUUUCAGUUUUGGUGUAUGGGGGAUUUGGGUUUGCUUUUAAUUGUAUAUACUUGUUAUCGAAUUGUGACAAUUGAAAGAAUUCAGAUGUAUUAGAAGCUUAAUUUUGAAGCUUUAUUAUAUCUGGAUAUCAUCUUUCUCUGUGACUUACUGUUAGUUUCAAUCUUAAUUGUUCUAUUUGAUUUAUUUAUUGUUCAAUUGGUGACUGUAAAGAAUAGAUCUACCGUUUUUACAGCUAUAGAGAGCUGGAUUUUUCAAAUUUCAACCUUCUGUGUUUCUAAAUUUGAAAAUUAUAUUAAUUUAAGCUAAAAAGGCCUAAUUUUCAGUCCAUAGACUCAUCAAGUUCAUUUCCAAGUCUUGCAAAUAUCACAGAUAUUGUUGGAGUGUACUGAAUAAUUGAAGUCUUGAGAUUUUGUGAAAUUUGGUUGUUGAAAGAUGACAAUUGGAAAUAACUUACCGAAAGAGAAAAAAUCCAGGAGGAGCAAACAACCUGUUGAUGAGAACGCUCCUUUGUUGCCUACAAAGCAGGAGGAAGAUGGUGGUUUUGAUGAAUUUAAUGGAGCUUCCUUUACUGGGGCAGUGUUUAAUUUAUCAACUACCAUUGUUGGAGCUGGAAUCAUGGCCUUGCCUGCUACCAUGAAAGUGCUAGGUCUUGGUCUUGGGAUUGCUUUGAUCAUCUUUAUGGCCAUAUUGACAGAGGCUUCAAUCGAGUUGUUGCUUAGGUUCAGUAGGGCAGGGAAAUCUGUUUCUUAUGGUGGUCUUAUGGGGGAAGCAUUUGGAAGGUGUGGGAAGAGUUUGUUGCAAGUUUGUGUUUUAGUCAACAACGUUGGUGUACUCAUUGUGUACAUGAUUAUCAUUGGUGAUGUGCUGUCUGGAACAUCUUCAAGUGGAGUUCACCAUUAUGGUGUUCUUGAAGGAUGGUUUGGAGAUCACUGGUGGAAUGGGCGUACUUUUAUUCUUCUUAUUGUGACGCUGGGCAUUUUUUCUCCAUUGGCAUGCUUUAAGCGAAUAGAUUCUUUAAAAUUCACAUCUGCCUUAUCAGUUGCAUUUGCUGUUGUGUUUCUUGUAAUCACUGUGGGCAUUUCAAUUGUGAAGUUGAUCAGUGGCGGGAUACAGAUGCCCAGAUUACUGCCUGAUGUAACUGAUUUGACAUCUGUCUUUAAGCUCUUCACUGUAGUUCCUGUUCUGGUCACAGCAUACAUCUGCCACUACAAUGUUCACAGCAUAGAUAAUGAACUUGAGGACUCUACACAGAUUAAAGGAGUUGUGCGUACAUCACUUGCUUUGUGCUCAACUGUGUACAUAACGACAAGUUUCUUUGGGUUCCUUCUAUUUGGUGACAAUACUCUUGAUGAUGUGCUUGCCAACUUUGACACUGACCUUGGCAUUCCCUAUAGCUCCCUGCUUAAUGAUGCGGUUCGUGUUAGUUACGCUGCUCACCUCAUGCUUGUUUUUCCUAUUGUCUUCUAUCCAUUGCGGCUCAACAUGGAUGGCCUCCUCUUUCCCUCAUCAAGGCCUCUAGCUUCGUCUAAUGUUAGGUUUGCACUGAUCACUGCUGGGCUCAUCACUGUUAUCUUUUUGGGUGCAAAUUUCAUCCCCAGCAUCUGGGACGCUUUUCAAUUCACUGGAGCAACUGCUGCUGUUUGCAUUGGUUUCAUUUUUCCUGCUGCCAUUACUCUCAGGGAUCGUCACCACAUAGCAACAAAGAAGGACAAGAUUCUGAGUGUUUUCAUGAUUGUGCUUGCUGUGUUCUCAAAUUUAGUGGCCAUAUACAGUGACGCCUAUUCCUUGUUUAAAAAGAAUCCAUCACCACGCGAGUGAUCUAUCAUCUUACUCCUCAGAACCAAGUGGACCGAGAGGUAUGGUCAUAUUUCCAAUGGGACAUUGACAUGGGCAAAAUCCCUUUAGAAAAUCCAGGUUUUCUAUGGAGGUUCAUUGAAACUGUAAUUUAAUAAGAACUCUCUUCCUGAUGUAUAAAGUUAGUUUGUUAAAAGGAGUGUGUGGAAGUCUGUAUACCCUCCUAUUGGGUUGGUUGAUGCUUGAUAAUGGAUUUGGUUUGUUGUUUGUAGAAGAAGUAGAAAUGUAUAAUAAAAUGUUUCUUUUGCUCU